GGGGUGUGUGAGAGCCGGGCUGUCUGGGGUUUCGGAGAACUGGACGAUUUCGUUGGCGUUCUUUCUCCAUCUCAUACAACAGCCCUGAUGCCUGUCCCGCUGUGUUGGAAGCCCACUGCCCCCACCUCCCCUCUCCCAGCCUCUCACUCGGGUUUGCUAAUGCUGGCAUCUUCUCCAAUCUGCUUCGUAGGACCCGACAAUGACUCUCAACAACGUCACCAUGCGCCGGAGCACUGUGGGCAUGCAGCCCCAACAGCAGCGCUGGAGCAUCCCAGCUGAUGGCAGGCAUCUGAUGAUUCAGAAAGAACCUCGCCACCGACCUGCCCCCGCCCCCGACGACCACUGCCGUCGGAGCUGGUCCUCCGACUCCACAGACUCGGUCAUCUCGUCCGAGUCCGGCAACACCUACUACAGGGUGGUGCUGAUAGGGGAACAGGGCGUGGGCAAGUCCACACUGGCCAACAUCUUCGCUGGUGUGCAUGACAGCAUGGACAGCGACUGCGAGGUGCUUGGAGAAGAUACGUAUGAGCGCACCCUGAUGGUGGAUGGGGAGAGUGCAACAAUUAUACUUCUGGACAUGUGGGAGAAUAAGGGGGAGAAUGAAUGGCUCCAAGACCACUGCAUGCAGGUCGGAGAUGCCUACCUGAUCGUCUACUCCAUAACAGACCGGGCAAGCUUUGAGAAGGCAUCUGAGCUAAGGAUCCAGCUCCGCAGGGCCCGGCAGACAGAGGACAUUCCUAUCAUUUUGGUUGGCAAUAAAAGUGACUUAGUGCGGUGCCGGGAAGUGUCUGUAUCAGAAGGGAGAGCUUGUGCUGUGGUGUUUGACUGCAAGUUCAUUGAGACCUCCGCGGCUGUCCAGCACAAUGUGAAGGAGCUGUUUGAAGGCAUCGUGCGCCAGGUGCGCCUGCGCCGGGACAGCAAGGAGAAGAACGAGAGGCGCCUGGCCUACCAGAAGAGGAGAGAGAGCAUCCCGAGGAAAGCCAGGCGCUUCUGGGGCAAGAUCGUGGCCAAAAACAACAAGAACAUGGCCUUCAAGCUCAAGUCCAAGUCCUGUCAUGACCUUUCUGUGCUCUGAGCUUUCAGAGAGAUACGGAUGUCCCCUUGAUGGACAUUGUAGGAGGCCGUUGGUGCUGGUAAUCUAUAUUAGAUUGGAUUCUUAAAUACGGCUAGAGGUGGCUUUCCCCAGUGCAGCCUGGAACUCACUCAUACCUCCUGGGCAACGUGCUUAAUAGGGGAUGAAGGAGCCGAGCACACAAUCAGUAUUUAUUUACAGGAAAAGCCUGACCUUGUUACUUAAGUAAUAAGGUCUUCAUAUGUAUUUCUUCUCUCCUUUGGAUAGUGAAGAAGUGAAGCCUGCAGAGGAAUGCCUGCAACAAGAACUGUUAUCCCAACAUUUUCCCCAGUGUUCUGAUAGGUGAAUAUGAGGCCGUUGGCUCACAAACAACUCUUGGAAGGCUAAGAGUAUAUAUUCCCAAAGAGGUAGAACUUUCUAUACACCCUGUUUCUGUGGAGCUGGUCUUGUAGAGCUAACCUCAUCCUCAUGGUUCUGACUAUUGUUAAUCCAUCAAACUGUGAAAAGCAAUGAGAGGUCUUGCUGGAAACUAAAUCUUACGGAGCAGUUUCUGCUAGUGCCUAAAGAGGUCUGUAGGGUUGGGAAUUGAUACACGUACCACCUGGAGACUCAGAAAUUGUAUCUUACGUGUCUUAACAUAUUUUUAUGUAAGGGGAAAUUAAUCAAAAUCUACUUAAUCAAACCACCUUUUGUGUUUCAUUAUUUUCCAAACCAUGGAGCCAUCAUGAAAUGUUUUUGAAAAUCUGAAUUACUGAUAUCCUGCAGUGCAAGAUGCCAAAUGUUCAAACAUUAUCCAAGGUCUGAUUUUUUUAUAAAACACACAACAAGAAAGCUUUCAGAACUUUGGGGUGACCCUUGUAUGCCACAGCUGGGCUCUAUUUAUUAUUAUUUUGCAACAAUAACCAUUUUAACAUUUGAUAAAGCAUAUUUAUGAACAUAUUUCUUAAGAAGUUCAUUUUAUUACCAUUUUCUAUCUUUUUUCAAAAUAUGUAAGUUUUUACCUAUAUGUCUUAUAAUAAAAGAAAUAAAAUCUUUGAAAAAAAAAGGCAUUCUUAAAUGUUUUCCUCCCUGUUAGAAUGAUUGUGGCUCUUCUCAUGUAACUGGCAAGUUCAUUCUAAAGUGAUAGACCUGUUAUUUUAUUUCUGUUUCUCAUUGGCAGUAGCCUGAUCAUAAUCUGUUUAAAAAGUGUCCCAACAUGUCUGCUUUGGAAUUAUGAUCUGUGAUAAUGCCAAGUUGCUCUGGCUGAUACAGUUGGGAAGUAUUUGGGGGGUCAUCGGAAUGUCAAGUUAAAGUAAAAGCUUCAGUGGCCUUUGACAUUGGUCUGGCAAAUUCCUCGCUGUUCUCCCUGAAGGCUUUUAGUUUUUGGCCUGACUACAGCAUUAGAGGUGGCUAUGAAGGAUUGGAGGGAAAAAAAGGAAAGGUGAUUUUCAACCUGAGGUUUAGGCAUGCAGGGCUUCCCUCAGUUUCGCCUCCUUGACAUGAAUGUAGUUUGUCGCUGAUUGUAAAUGCACACAUGGCCAGCUGCCUUUACAGCCCUCUGGCUGGAAUGGAGCCACCUGGGUCUCCUGUCACAUG